AAAUGGUAAAAACAGUAGACUGUUUAAAACAAGAAUUAUUGUUCGAAAUGGAUUAUGUUAAUAAUAUAGGUCAGAAAAUAUUUGCUUAUCCUUUCAUAGGGCGAUCGAAAACUGCUUUCUUCUUUUAUCGUACAACUUACUUCUUAGUCGUUCUAACAGCCAUCCAGUUGUUCGCCACGCUUUGCCUGACUAAGUUCAAAGAUUGGUUUGAAAUCAUCAACAUAGCUCCGAACUUCGGCGUCUGUCUUAUGAUCGUGAUAAAAUACUCCAAAAUAUAUUCUCACAGGAGCGUGUACGACAAAAUUUUGAGACAUUUUCGCUACGAUCUAUGGGAUGUUGUCUCUGAUUCGAAAGACCAUCGAGCGAUUCUACAGCAAUAUACGAAAACAACGAGGUUAAUCGUCAGAUUUCAAUAUUAUUACACUCUGAUACUAAUUGUGAUCGUUGAUUUAUUUCCUCGUAUUAUUAUGUUGUACGAAGCGGAGUUUCUUGGUAAUGAAGACCAGUAUUUAUAUCCUUUCGAUGCGUGGUAUCCAUUUGAUAAGGUCAAAUGGUAUUAUCCUGCAUACAUCUGGGAAAGUUUCAUGACAGCCGUGGUUAUUUUCGUAUAUGUUUUCGCGAACAUGAUACACAUUUCUUAUACAAGACAUAUUUGCAUGGAAUUGAAAAUACUUGGUAAUAGUAUGGAAAAUUUAAUAACUGCUGAAGAUAUAGUCACAAUAACGAAGAACAAGGACGUUGACAAAUUACAUGAGAAUAUAAAAUCGAAGUUAAAAGUGAUUAUAAAACGACACCAGUAUUUGGCCGAGAUAACUUCAGAAUUGGAUGACCUAUUAGGAGACGCAAUGCUUUUGACAUACAUUUUUGGAUCCGUCUUCAUUUGCCUUACGGCUUUUACUGCUACGGUUGUUGGGGAUAUUUACAUGACCGUACGUUAUGUAUCAUUCUUUUUAUCCCUUCUCGUAGAAGUUUUUGUCCAAUGCAUUAUAGGACAAAUUUUAAUUGACCAUAGUGAAAAAUUCGAAAGAGCAAUUUAUUCUGCCGACUGGCCUCAUUCCGAACUAAAGACCAAAAAAAUGCUGUUAAUAUUAUUAACCAGAGCCCAAAAGCCCUUUGUAUAUUCCGCUAAUGGUUACUUGGUGAUGAAUUUGGACACUUUCUGUGGCAUAUGCAGCUUGUCCUAUCAAUUCUUCAAUCUACUGCGCACAGCUUACAAUUAAUAACUGUAUCGGAUAAUUUAUUGAUAAAUACAAUAUGUAGUUGGCACUAUAAAAUAAAUACUAAGCACAAAUGGGCAAGCUCGGAGAAUCGGAAUUACUAUCUUAUUGAAAAUCCCAUCAAUUCCCAACCUCUCCUGUAUUUAAAUGACAAUUAAACGCUCAUUUUUAUGACCAAAUCAUCUAAGUUCCUAGGGAAUGGCACGUAGCAUUAGAAAUAUUUAUAGAGGCACUGAUGAACACUUAAAAUUAUACUCGUGUAUUGUACUCUUAGAUUAGCAAAUAUAAGAACACUUGUAGUACACACAUCGGUGUCGCCAUCUGCACUUACUUGAAGGAAACCUCCUUUUUUUUACCAUUUAAAAAAGCAUGGAAUAUGUUUGUAUGAAUAGAGAAAUUAUGGUAAAAAUGUGCACAUGACGGCGAAAACGAGGAAAUCUGGACGGAAAAUGGUUGCGAUAUAUUGAAAACGCCGCUUCUGAAGUCGUAAAACCAAGAUGUGUACCUUCAUAUCACGUCGAUACAGCCUUAUGAAGGGAAUAAUGUUCAAUUUGGCGUGCUUAUUGGAAACAGUUUGCUUUUGCCAAUAAUAGACUGCGUAUUUAAAAAUAUUCUUUGCUUCUUUUUUUAAUUUUACAGACAUGGUCAUUUUGACAUUGCGUUGAUAAAUGAAACCAUAUAUUAGUCUUUAGCUCUGCUAACAUUAUACCAUAAAUUUACCAUAAAUAACGAAUUAUUUCUCCGAAAAAUUCCAUUUUUAUUUUUAUAUUUUUUAAUUACUUUUGUAAUACAGUACGAAUAUGGCGUGUGCGUGAAUAUAUUUCUGACUGAAAGUGUGAUACUGUCGCUGCGACAAAUUCUUUUUCAAGAAGAUAAUUAUGUGGUUUUAUUUAGUAACGCAAUGUCAAAAUGACCUUGUAUAUUGUUUAAUGCUUGAAACUGAUUAAAGAUAUAAAUUGUACUUACU